GCCCCUAACUGUCAGUUGGACCCGGUGAACCCGCGCAUCAGAGUGACGUCACCUCCACUCUGACUUCCGUGUCAACAUGGCGGCAUCCAUGGCAUGGCGAGCUGCAGCGAGAGACUUGAGGGCAGCCUCCUCCCAGCACCUACUUCUUCACAAACUGAAGCUUCAGUGCACCUGGCUCGGUUCUAAAAGAUGGCUGAAUCUUCAAGAGUAUCAGAGCAAAAAGCUGAUGCAAGAGUGUGGUGUGGCUGUCCAAAGGUUCUAUGUAGCUGACACGGCCUCUGAGGCCUUGGAGGCUGCAAAGAGACUCAAUGCCAAAGAGAUUGUGCUGAAAGCUCAGAUUCUGGCUGGUGGGAGAGGCAAGGGUGUGUUCGACAGUGGCCUCAAAGGCGGAGUGCACCUUACUAAGGACCCUGCUGUUGUUGGUGAACUGGCCAAUAAGAUGUUGGGUUACCAUCUAACUACCAAGCAGACACCUAAAGAUGGAGUGAAAGUGAAAACGGUGAUGGUUGCUGAGGCCUUGGACAUUAGCAGGGAGACCUACUUUGCUAUUCUAAUGGAUCGUGCCUGUAAUGGUCCUGUCAUGGUUGGAAGUCCCCAGGGAGGUAUGGAUAUUGAGGAAGUAGCAGCCAGCACUCCAGAACUCAUCUUUAAGGAAGUCGUAGAUAUAUUCGAAGGUGUACAAGAUGACCAGGCACUUCGCAUGGCAACUAAUUUGGGCUUCAAAGGAUCUCUACAGAGACAGGCAGCAGAUCAGAUUAAGAGGCUCUAUGAUCUCUUCCUGAAAGUCGACGCCACUCAAGUCGAAGUCAACCCACUUGGAGAAACUCCUGAAGGGCAAGUGGUUUGCUUUGACGCCAAGAUCAACUUUGAUGACAAUGCCGAGUUCCGGCAAAAAAACGUCUUCGCCAUGGACGACAUGAGUGAGAGUGACCCCACCGAGAUGGAAGCUGCCAAGUGGGAUCUCAAAUAUAUUGGACUGGAUGGAAACAUCGCCUGCUUUGUGAAUGGAGCGGGCUUGGCCAUGGCGACAUGUGACAUUAUUGACCUGCAUGGAGGAAAGCCAGCUAACUUCCUGGAUCUUGGGGGAGGAGUCAAAGAGAGGCAGGUGUACGAGGCCUUUAAGCUUCUUACUGCAGAUCCGAAGGUUGAGGCUAUUCUUGUCAACAUUUUUGGGGGGAUCGUCAACUGUGCCAUCAUUGCCAAUGGUAUCACCAAGGCAUGUCGAGAGCUGGAGCUAAAGGUGCCUCUGGUGGUCAGGCUUGAAGGGACCAACGUCAAUGAAGCCAAAAGGAUCCUGACCGAGAGCGGCCUGCCCAUCACAUCGGCCGACAACCUGGACGACGCCGCCAAGAAAGCCGUGGCCGCCAUCAGGAAGUAGAAAGAUCUCCUUUUCCUCAGCGACCUCAGGUGGCCUUUACUCUUUUGUCUGUUCAUUCUCAGUCAUGUGACCAACAUGCAGACUUCAGGCCGGUAGCGUGAUAGGCGUGUUUUUUUUUAACAAACUGUCAUCAGCUACUUUCACACUGCAGCAAUGCUUUAUGAGCCCCAUUUUCUACUCAUAGUUCCUGUCAUCGCCUCUACUCUCUACCUUGAUUGGCAUUGAUUGGAAUAGAAAUGUAUUGCUUUUUAUUUCCCCAUGAAGAAAGUCAGUCAAACAGUACCCACACACACACACACACACACACACACACACACACACACACACACACACACACACACACACACACACACACACGAUAUUGAGAUCUCGAUAAAACACUUUUUCCCAUUCCCUUUUUUAAAACUUUUUUUUUUUCUUUUUUUGUAGAACCAUUUUUUUGGUAAUUGCUUCAAUCAAGUGGAUUUUAGGAGGCAUUAUCAAUCACCUUAUAUUUUAUACAACAUGGAAAAAAAUGAAAACAAAUUAAUUCAGCUUGUCUAAACUGAAAGACAACAGUCCCGUUCAAUACUCUUGUUUAUUUUGUUGUUUCUCCCUCCAUCCAUCCAAUAAUGUGUAUAUUAUCAUUCAUCACAUAGAUGAAGUAUACAAACUUAAAACGCUGUGAAUUUUUCUACAUGAGUUCUUAUUUGAAGAGUACUCCUUCACUUAGUGUAUUCAGAAUAUUGUAAAUCGGUGCCUAAAAGUGGUUUGUAAAAAAAACAAAAAACGUUCAUCUCUUUCCAUUCAUUUCAUUCAGAUAUGUUUAAAAGCAGCCUCAACUAGUUUUGUAAUAUAUAAUAAAAUAAGUACCGUAUUUUUCGAAGUAUAAGUCGCUCCGGAGUAUAAGUUGCACAGGCCGAAAAUGCAUAAUAAAGAAGGAAAAAAACAUAUAUAUAUCAGUCGCACUGGAGUAUAAGUCGCAUUUUUGGGGGAAAUUUAUUUGAUAAAACCCAACACCAAGAAUAGACAUUUGAAAGGCAAUUUAAAAUAAAUAAAGAAUAGUGAACAACAGGCUGAAUAAGUGUACGUUAUAUGAGGCAUAAAUAACCAACUGAGAACGUGCCUGGUAUGUUAGCGUAACAUAUUAUGGUAAGAGUCAUUCAAAUAACUAUAACAUAUAGAACAUGCUAUACGAUUACCAAACAAUCUGUCACUCCUAAUCGCUAAAUCCCAUGAAAUCUUAUACGUCUAGUCUCUUACGUGAAUGAGAUAAAUAAUAUUAUUUGAUAUUUUACGGUAAUGUGUUAAUAAUUUCACAAAUAAGUCGCUCCUGAGUAUAAGUCGCACCCCCGGCCAAACUAUGAAAAAAAAAAACUGCGACUUAUAGUCCGAAAAAUACGGUACUCCAGAUGGGUAAAAGGGAGAGUACAGAUGUAACCUCAAUAUAGCCGAAUUCAAAUAAUGAGCGUCUUCUUUUGCGAAUGUUAUUCGUGGAAAUGUGUCAAAUUGAAAGCUGUCAAAUAAUAAAAACAAUUGAUAUCCUA